CAAGCAACAAGAACCAAACGAUCGAUUUCACGUUAAAAUGGUACCGUGUGUGUUUUGAUACUUUCGCCGAAAAAUGUUAGCGGUACAAGAUUCUCAUCGGUUUGACGGAUCAAAUUAUUCUUUCGUCGUAUCCGAGGGCGUUCGUGCGACUCAGUAUGGUUUUUGGCAUACGGUGACGGAACGGAGAAUUAGGAAAAAAAUCUGCACGCUUUUCGCGCGUACCAAUAGAACGUUUUGUACAUACUUUAGCCUAUUAGCGGUAUCAAACUCGCUUCCUAUGACGUAAAUUACUCUCUAGAAUAUAACAAGAUGACCAAAGCGAGAGUAGGGUCCGAUUAUAUCCCCUUAGUGGAAGACGACAUGUCGAAAGCGCGGGUUGUUUUAUCGUUUGCUAAAGUCGCGUGGUUCACGGUCUCCUUACCGUUUCUAGCAUUUAUUUUUUGCGUUAUUUGGUCUCUGCUGUACAAUUUUGAGCAUUCUACGUCCACUCAUUGCAAGGUCUAUAAUUUUUUACCAUCUGUAUCUGCUGCGAUUGGACAUUAUAGACCACAGAGAGAUGUAUGGAAAAUUGCAAUUGGUCUGCAAGCAUUGAUCAGAGUCAUAGUAUUAGUAAUGUAUUCCCGUUAUUACAAGGAACACAUAUACAAAUGGGCACAAAAUAUAUGUAACAUAGCAGUAGUUACGUAUGCCAUUGAAAACAUAUCUCUUGUUACUUUAAGCUUUUGGACAUCAGAUGAAAAUUAUGCCUUCCACAAAUUGUCUUUUAUAACAUUUUUGAUAAUGUCUUUUAUUCAUAUGCUCAUAGCAUAUUUUAUUAUGAGAAAUUGUCGUACUGUCACAAGGGAAUUGUCUGAAACUACUUCUUUGAAAUGGAAAUGGAGAGCUAUGGUGUUGAAUGUGUUGUCUAUAAUGUUCGCAUGUUACUUUUUUUAUAGGCAUAAUAGAUAUUGCGAACCUCUAGUCUAUUCUAUGUUUGCGUUAAGCGAAUAUGGAGUUGUUCUUUCAAAUAUGGGAUUUCAUUCGACCGCAGCUUGGGAUUUUGCAAAUUCGCGUCUUAUGAUAUCAGGAACGAGAUUCAGAGUAAUUUAAUACCGUGCUAUACACAUACUGUUAUAAACACAUAUCAAAAACAUUAUCAAAAAAUACUUAUAUCAGUAUUUUACGUUUAUCUUUAGAUUCUUUUCGUUUUAU